AUGUUUAUUGGUGACUUUGCUGAUAAAGCUGGACGGCGGCCAGCAUAUAUUCUAUGCUUCACGAUCUAUAUCGCUGCCAAUAUUGGCUUGGCUCUGCAGAACAACUAUGCAGCUCUCUUCGUCCUGCGAUGUCUGCAGAGUGCAGGAAGCAGUACUACAAUUGCCCUAUCCUCGGGAGUAGUAUCUGAUGUGGCCACAGCAUCUGAAAGAGGGUCCUAUAUGGGAUUCGUUACCGCAGGAUCACUAUUAGGGCCUUCUGUUGGGCCAGUCAUUGGGGGUCUAUUAGCUCAAUAUCUUGGCUGGCGAGCAAUCUUCUGGUUCCUGGUCAUUUUCUCCGGAGCUUUUAUGAUACCGUUCCUCAUUUUCUUCCCCGAAACGGCAAGAGGCGUUGUUGGUGAUGGUUCAAUACCGCCCCAGAAAUGGAACAUGUCCUUGAUCAACUAUCUGGAAUCUCGGAAAAUGCGCGAGGAAGGAGUGCUACCCUCGGCGAGCUCGCCAAAGCAGAAAUUGAGGUUCCCAAACCCUUUCCAAACCCUCGCCAUCGUGUUCCAGAAGGAUACUAGCAUAAUCCUCUUCUGUAAUGCAAUUCUGUUUGCUGGGUUCUAUGAUGUCAGUGCGACAAUUCCAUCAAUCUACAACGAUCUUUACGGUCUGGAUGAUCUCCAGAUUGGCCUGUGCUAUAUUCCAUUUGGCCUUGGAGCCUCCAUCGCGUCCAUCCUCAAUGGGAACUUCCUGGAUUAUAACUAUCGCCGCAUUGCGAAGCGAUUGGGAUUCCCUUUAGUGAAGAACCGCCAUACAGACUUGCGGAAUUUUCCCAUAGAAAAAGCUCGCCUUCAGAUUGCUUUUCCAAUGCUGACUCUGGGAAGUCUCAGUAUCCUAGCUUUUGGAUGGUGCUUGGAUUUCAGAGUCCAUCUUGCUGCGCCGACCACCAUUCUGUUUAUUAUGGGCCUUACCCUAACAGGGGCUUUCAAUACUGUUAGCACCGUCCUGGUAGACCUAUACCCAACACAGGCAGCCAAGGCUACUGCUGCUAACAACUUCGCCCGGUGCUUGUUAGGCGCUGGCGCUACAGCUCUGAUUGAUCUUAUGCUUUCUGCAAUGGGCCGUGGCUGGUGUUUUACAUUUGUCUCGUUGGUGAUGCUGGCAACCUCACCUCUCCUUUUGCUGGUGAUCUACAAAGGACCAAAGUGGCGUGAAGAGCGUCGUCAGAAAGAGGACGCCAAAAAGCUCGACGCUGAGACCGAUCCAGCAGGGGGGAAAUGA